UCUCCAUUGUCAUCGCCGAAGCUUUGCUUCCUCCAAAGGUCACCCUGAUCUCGUCUUAUCCUCGGGAUAGCAACGAGGGCAAUGAUCUUGCUCCCCAGAUGACAUGCCAACAGCCGACUUCGCCGCCGCGCAGCAGCGCCUAGCCAACCGACGUCGACAGCGCGUUGCAGAGAAUCGAGCUCGCGAAGACGCGCAUCGCGCAGCGCAGGCCGUGACACUGUCAAGCCUCCCCAGACCACUCAGCCGGCUAGGCAGCCUUGGAAACAGUCUCUGGGAUGGUGUCAAGGGAAGAGAGGGCACACAUCCUGCGUUCCGCGUAGGACAGAUCGAUGCAGAACUACUUGACGAGGAACUUCUCGACUUACUGAAAGGCCAGGUUGGGGAAGGUCUUAAAUACUAUGGAUCUCAUUUGAGGGAUGAAUACUCAGCAGAGAUACUCUUGGCAUUGCGCGCAAUUCUGUUUAAACUCACGAUCUGGGACCACAAUGCAUCAUACGGGGCAUCCCUACAGGGCUUGCGAUACACAGAUGCUCGCGACAACAGUCUAGCCAGGCCUCCGCCUAAGUCGUGGCAGAAAGGACUAUAUGGACUGCUGACGGUUGGAUGUAGAUAUGGCUGGACUAAGUGGGAAGAUUAUCUGCUAUCUCGCCCGGAUGAUCCAGAUGCUAUGGAAUCACCAAUAAUGCAGCAACUAUCCCGUCUGACUACGACUCUGAGCAACAUUCACUCCUUGGCGGCGAUGUCCUCCUUCCUCGUGUUUCUGACGAAUGGGCGGUACCGAACCCUCCUUGAUCGAGUACUUCGACUACGACUUACACCUACCUCGCAUGCAACCUCUCGAGAAGUCUCUUUCGAAUACUUGAAUCGUCAGCUUGUAUGGCAUGCAUUCACUGAGUUUCUCUUAUUCUUAUUGCCUCUCGUGGGAAUCUCGCGUUGGCGUCGGAUACUGUCUAGGACGUGGCGAAAAAUCAGAACCUUCGUUACAAAGAGCAUUCUGGGCCGCACCCCGGACUCAACUGAAGAAGAUACUAGCCUUGGAGAAUAUGGUUACCUGCCGGAGCGGACUUGUGCGAUCUGCUACCAAGAUCAAAAUCCAUCGUCUGGCACAUCUGAGACCGAAAUUAUGGCCCAGUCGUCCGGUGCUGGUGGCGUGAUUGGUUCAGCCGCUACAGACAUAACGAACCCCUACGAAACAAUACCAUGCGGUCAUGUGUAUUGUUAUGUCUGCUUGGUUCAGAGAAUAGAGGGCGAGGAAGGGCAAGGUUGGACUUGUUUACGCUGUGGUGAUAUGGUCAAAGAGUGUAGACCAUGGGCUGGCGAUGUCUUGGAAGAAGUACCCCGUCCAACUUCGAACGGGAAGACAGUAGGCUUUGCAUCCGAACAUUUCGAUGCAGACAGCGAGGAAAGAAGUGACUUGCAGGGAUCGAAGCCUGACGUUGUUCAACGCAGUGCAACGAGCGAAGGCGCAGAUUCCGAAGCAGAAGAGUCUGAUGUUUCCUACCGGAAACAUGAUCUGGGUCUUGAUGAAAGCGAAGAAUGGGCGAAGGCAAGCAAUGCCAGCUCGGAGUAACCCAGGCAAGAGCCACUUUCACAUGGAGAGGAGUUUGAUGAUUGUCAUGUAUAACACCACAAUAGCUAAUGAGUAACACCACUGCCAAAACAAUCGGUAUCUGACAGUGCAAACCGGGAGAUCUGUCUAGGGAGUGUCCAGUGGUCGGUAUCGAUAAUGAAGUUCCGAAUUCGACUUCUGGAAUAGAUUCGGGUCCGAUCCAUGAAACUAAUUAGCGCUAGCGUUGUUGCCUAAUAUGCGCCACGGUGGUGUAACUACGACAACUACGCAGUGACACAUUCUACUCUUGUCCGGAAAGGCGAAAGCAAGUCAGAUGAUGGAUGAAUCAUG